CAGUCGCCAUCGGCGAAGCGCUGCAACUGCGCGGCGGCGAUUGUAUGCCGCGUGCCGCUGUCCAGAGGGCGCCCUCGCCACGCCUGACCUCCGACGACGACCUGAUGGCUUCGCUGCGAUCGCGCCUGCAGACCGACCACAAGAGCGUGCUGCGUCCGCUCGGCCCGGACGAGGUCGGCGCGGACCAGAUGGGACCCGCCGAUGUGAUUGACUACGUGAUGCGCUCCAUUGCGCAGGAUCCAGAGGCGGGGCUUCGGGUGCUGCUCGGCUUCGCGGUGUCAGACCAGGACAGCUCGGGGUGCAUCGACUCGCUCGGCCAGCUUCAGCCCGGCAGCUUCGGCUCGCCGGCGGAGCUCCGCGAAUUCCUCGCCGCUGACGCCACGGGGGUGGGGUACGAGACUCUCACCGCGCUCGAGGAGUGGAAGGCGAUGGGCCCACCCGACAUGUCGAACCUCAGCCGCAGCGCGGCCCAGAAGCUGCUCGUCCGGCGCGACGGAGCCAACUGGCGCGACCUCUUCGUCAACCUCGUCCUCGCGCCGGCCGCGGUGGGCGAGGCGACGGUGCCGCGGUGGCUAGUGACGACCAUUUACAUGUCGGGCAACUGAGAGGUGCGGUCGCGAGUACACAACAUGCAAUUGUUGUUGCUAUGAGACCAGCGCGCAGCGCCAGGAGGGUCAGGUCUCAGGAGCGAGGAGGUAUUUCGUGAGGGAGUUUUUGCAAAAUUCUUUUCUCGAU